UGGAGGUAGUAAUACCGGAAGUGUGUGGGCACAGCACGCACCAGCAGCAGCAGCAGCAGAAACAGCAGCGCUCAGACGUCUAUUGAAAAAUGGGAGUGCACAGAGAAGUCUUGAAACCUGGUGACGAGAGGUCGUACCCGCAGCGUGGACAGAAGGUUGUCGUGCACUACAUCGGCACUUUGACAACUGGGGAGAAGUUCGACUCAUCCAGGGAUCGCGGGAAGCCGUUUGUGUUCACCAUUGGACAUGGAGAAGUGAUCAAAGGCUGGGAUGAGGGCGUCGCUCAGAUGUCUGUCGGGGAGGUGUCCAAGCUGACCUGCACCCCAGACUACGCCUAUGGAGCUCGGGGAUACCCACCAGUCAUCCCCCCCAAUGCCAUACUGGUCUUUGAGGUGGAACUCAUCAACUGCUAUUAACAUUUUCAAUACCCCAUAGCUGCUCAUUCCAUCCACUUCUUUGGCACCAGUUUAAUUAAUAUUGUGUUGUAAUUGUUAUUUCCAUCACAAUCAAGUAUUCCACAAUUGUAACGAAAUUUGAAUCUCCCCAAUGCUUUAGAAAUGUGGUAGUUGAGUUGACAUCAUGAAUUUAUUAGACUCUCAGUGAUGUUUUUGCAACUUACUAUUUUGUCAUUUUUGUUGCCAGUACAUCUGAAAUAUUGUGGAAAAGAUCAUUUAUUUUAACUUUUCUAUUCAAAAUGAAAUGUUCUCUAGAUUCAGUACACACUUUUAAACGCCAUCCAUGUGUUUAUUUGAAUAAUGCCAUGCCUGAAACUGUAAAAUCUCAAUUUGUGUGUUUGACUUUGUGCUUACUGAAUCAUUCUUGAAGUUUGACUACUGAAACAUGUUUCUUUUCCACAAUAUUUAAUUUUAAAAACAUGUGCCUGUAGUAGAUUCCUUGCUAUCCUUUAUUUUGUCUUACCUCCUUUUGCAUUAUCCCCCACUCCUUUUUGCCAUUUAAUCUUAAUAUGUGGGUAUUGCACUUCUUGAUUAAAACAUUGGAUACGA